AUGGUUCGCAAUUAUAUUAGAAAGACCGAUCGGCAACGGUGGAGUUCUGAAACUAUGGAACGAGCUGUAGCUGCAGUAGUAAGUGGCGUAAUGGGAUGCAAGAAAGCUUCAAUUCAAUUCCAGCUUCCACAAACUACAUUGGAAAGAUACGUGAAAAAGCGUAGGACUGACCCAAAUUCUGUGAUUGAUAAAACCGCUGGCAAAUAUCACUGUGUUUUACUCAAGAGCAAGAGGUAG